AUGAAAUCAGGUGUCCCACCUAUCCUAUCUCGUUCUGUUGACCGCUUCAAAUCGCCAAGGAGCUCUUUGUGUGCGUAUCAUGAAUUUGGCUGCUUUACAGCUGGGAGUAAGGUCGGGAAUGCAGGAGAGUAUCAGCUUGAACCAAGGGAUGGAGAGGCUUUUAUAGCAGGCAAGGCAUUAGGAAGCAGACAACUUUUGACAGAUUGGCCAUUCGAAGUUAGCCUAACUUUCCCCUCCCAUGCCACACAUAAUCCCAAGGUAGCAUCGGCGGAGUUUAGUUUCUUGGUGGACAAAGAGAUGAGCAUAAGAUAA